GAGAGAGAGAGAGAGAGAGAGAGAGAGAGAUCCCCGCAGUAGCACGGCUCGGAUAUUACAGCUUUAUUCUUCUCCCCACGGUGCUCGGAUGGGCGAGUAAGUGGACGCACAGCCUGGAUGUCACGCAAAAACUAGUUCCACUGAUUUACUGCCUGAUUAGCUGGUCUGGGCCUGUGGGGGUAUUCAGUGCGCUCCGGACGCGCAACAUGAAGGAGGAGGGCAGGUGAAGCUCACUGGCAGAGACUCUCCAAGAGUUGUCGGGAUGUUAACGGCGUUAGGAUGUGAGCUGAACUUGUGGUAGAAUGGCCUCUAAUCUCGCAUGGAUCUCUGAGGGAUGGCAGCUUUUCACCACCACAACCAUCAUCCCCACCACCAUCCGAGCGCGGACCUGCGACGCCUCUUCCACCGGCUCACCAUCGCAUCCUCUCUGAGCAUCCUGUGCUUCUCCUUGGUGUAUCUCCUCACUGGAUGCUGCGAGUCGGAACUGACAGAAAACUCUGAAAUCAAGCCACCCACGCGCGAAUUCCUUGCCUCAGGGUCAGGAUGGCUGUACGAGAGGAACGGAACCAGCGCUGCCAAGGACAGUGGCGCCGCGGCUGGAGAAGUGGCGUUCAGCAGCGGUCCCGGGCUGGAGGCGAACAGCUCGGGGAAGGAGUGGACAGCCACCCGGAGGUUACCCCAGGCUCUCAUCAUAGGGGUUAAAAAGGGAGGCACCAGGGCUCUGCUGGAGUUUCUGCGGCUCCAUCCGGAUAUCCGCGCCCUGGGGUCCGAGCCGCACUUCUUCGACCGGCAUUACGCACGGGGAUUGGACUGGUACAGAAGUAUGAUGCCCAAAGCUCUGGAUGGCCAGAUUGUUAUGGAGAAGACGCCCCGUUACUUUGUCACUGUGGAAACACCAGCACGAGUCCACGCCAUGUCGCAGGAUGUGAAGCUGAUUGUGGUCGUCCGUGACCCUGUGACCCGAGCCAUAUCUGACUACACACAGAUUAUCUCUAAGACUCCUGACAUCCCUCCCUUUGAGAGCCUGGCCUUCAAGAACCACACUACAGGUCAGAUCGACUCGCUGUGGAGCCCGCUGUGGAUCGGCCUGUACGCCCAACACAUGGAGCGCUGGCUGGCCUGGUUCCCCAGGACUCAGAUCCAUCUGGUCAGUGGAGAGAGGCUCAUCUCGGACCCAGCCGGAGAACUGGGCAAAGUCCAGGACUUUCUGGGCCUCCAGAGAAUUGUCACAGACAAGCACUUCUACUUCAACAAAACUAAAGGCUUCCCCUGCCUGAAGAAGCCGGAGGGCAGCAGUAAGCCUCACUGCCUGGGGAAGACAAAAGGGAGAACGCACGCCUCCAUAGACCCGGAGGUGAUGCAGAGACUGAGGGAUUUCUACAAGCCACAUAACCAGCGCUUCUAUCAGAUGGCAGGGCAGGACUUUGGAUGGCAGUGACUCUUUGAUUGUGCGGAACUAAAGGCUUGUGUUGGCACUGUUUGGUUUUUUUUUAGAAGCCUAUGCAAAUCUGCCGUCUGAUUGAGACAGACGCAAUGCCUCAGAGUGCAGAAAAAAGAGCCAAUUAUCUGCUACUGACCAGCAGAGCAGCAUCUCAGAGACUUGAUGAUGAAACCUCAGUGUCAAUACAUUCAAGUCUACCCAUCAAUCACCCUGUUCAAGUGUUUGAAAGUCAGCUAUGUUGUUUUAUAUACCAUAGAUGUUCCGUCCUGGUGGUUUAAUAAAGCAUUCCUGUGCAAAGGUGGUCAUGAGACUGUGGUUGCUAUAGGUUGCAGCUGUAUAAAUGUUGAACAGUGAAAACACAAUGUAGCUUUUAGUGUUGCUGGUCUGCAGUUUAAUCCUGAUGCUCAGUAGGCUGUAGAGGCACAAGGAGCUCAAGAACCGACGCAUUUUUACAAUUCAGAAUUUCCAUAACUUUCUUUUUGUACCUGUUUGCUCAGCAGUCUCACUGGUUAAGAAUUUAAAGGCAAUCAAUGCAUACAUAUUGCGUACCAACCUCCAAGCAUUGUUUCUGAAAAAAGGGGGGAUGAAUCUUUUAUGUGGCAGAGGAACAGAAGGGUGAGCGAGAGAAUCUUGAGCUUGGAUAUGACUGAGUGGUUUUGUAUUCUUGAAUAAUGAAUGUGGAUAAAUGGAUGUAGGGGAGCUGAUGUGGAUCACUUGCCUUUUGGCACAUUUAUGUGUUGGGCUUAGGUUAGCAUCCCACUGCAAAACCAGCCUACUGUGCUGUACCUUGGGAGGGUGGGGGGGCAAAAGACCACUGGAGGACAACUGAAAGAAGACCAGGUCAAAUCAAUGUAAGGAUGUUUGACCUAUCAAUGGCCAUUUCUGUGGACACGAUAUAUGAAGCUCCUGCUUCUGCUUACAGGGUUGUCUGUUUUCAGUUUGCAUGUAUUUGCACUAGUUUGAAAGCAUAAAAAAUAAAACUAUUUUUAAGCAAAGACAUUUCUUUCUCACCGUUCUUUUUGCUCACUGUUGGCUAUUGUUAUAAGCCCUUACUGAGCCCUAAUGGGAAAGCGUCGGAUUUAUGUUGAAUGUUGAAUGACAUUAGUGCAAUUGCUUUGCAAAUGUAAAUCUGUUCACGUCACUGAUGUAGGGGCUACAAACUGCCUCGCUGAUAAGAUGCAAAGAGUCUGGUGGUCCCUGUAAUAAUGUGAAUAAUGAUUUUUAUGUCGUGACAUUGUUCAGUUUGGUUAUUCUGUUGGAUUGUAAGGGUGACUGAGUUCAAGAUAAUGAGAAAAUAAAACACUUCCCUGUA